GCACCAGCAGCCAAGAUGUCCACACAGAGCACUGACGACCUGGAGCCCAAGGCCUUGGACCUGCAGCCUGGGAUCCCAGAGGCCCCAAACCACCGGCAGCGGCGGCGCCACACGCUUCCCGCCAGUGAGUUCCGCUGCCUCACUCCGGAGGACGCUGCCAGCGUGUUUGAGAUCGAGCGCGAAGCCUUCAUCUCCGUCUUGGGCAUCUGCCCCUUGUAUCUGGAUGAGGUCAAGCACUUCCUGACCCUGUGUCCAGAGCUGUCCCUGGGCUGGUUCCAGGAGGGCUGCCUCGUGGCCUUCAUCAUCGGCUCACUUUGGGACCAGGAGAGACUCACUCAGGAGUCACUGACGCUGCACCGGCCCGGGGGCCACACUGUCCACCUGCACGUGCUGGCCGUGCACCGCGCUUGCCGGAGGCAGGGCAAGGGCUCCACGCUGAUGCGGCGUUAUCUGCAGCACGUGGGCGGUCAGCGAGCGGCGCGCCGGGCCGUGCUCAUGUGUGAGGACGGGCUGGUGCCCUUCUACCAGAGGCUCGGCUUCCGCCUUACGGGCCCGUGCGCCAUCACCCUGGGCUCGCUCACCUUCAUGGAGCUCCAGUGCUCCACGCGAGGCCACGGCUCCCUGCGCCGGAACAGCGGCUGCUGA